UUUUUUUCAUAUACUGCGGCAUUCAUUGAAGUACUUACAGUCAGUGAAUCGAGUUCGUGUCAUUUUAAUUAUUUUCGACAAUAAAGUAAAAGUACGAAUUAGUGGAUACGUGUGUCUGGUGUCGUGUGAUAAAUUUAUCGUCCAACUCCGCGAAUAUUUCAUUUCGGUAUCGGGUAUUGUUUCAUCACAGCCCUGAGGAUUAUCACAAAGUGCCAAGUUUCAUUGAACCUACUGGAUUCCGUUGUGAAACGCAAUCAUGUUAAGGUCGUUUAAAUACGGUCUUCUUUUGACCGCAUUAUUAUGUGCGGUCUUCGCGAAAGAAAAGUCCAAAGAUGAAGUAGGCACUGUUAUCGGUAUCGAUUUAGGAACAACGUAUUCCUGUGUCGGCGUAUUUAAGAAUGGUCGAGUUGAAAUCAUAGCCAACGAUCAGGGUAAUCGUAUCACCCCAUCGUACGUAGCCUUCACUCCAGAUGGCGAACGUCUUAUCGGUGACGCUGCCAAAAACCAGCUUACAAUCAACCCCGAGAACACCGUUUUCGACGCUAAACGUCUCAUCGGUCGUGAAUGGAGUGACCCGACCGUCCAGCAUGAUAUUAAAUUCUUCCCAUUCAAAGUUUUACAAAAGAACAGCAAACCUCACAUCGAAGUGAGUACUGCCCAAGGUAACAAAGUCUUCGCUCCCGAAGAAAUUUCUGCCAUGGUUCUUGGUAAAAUGAAGGAAACCGCCGAAGCCUACUUAGGCAAGAAAGUUACCCACGCUGUCGUCACAGUACCCGCGUACUUCAACGAUGCGCAACGUCAAGCUACCAAAGACGCUGGAACGAUAUCUGGAUUAAUCGUUAUGCGUAUCAUCAACGAACCGACAGCCGCCGCUAUUGCAUACGGUUUAGACAAAAAAGAAGGCGAAAAGAACGUAUUAGUUUUCGAUCUCGGUGGCGGUACCUUCGAUGUAUCUCUAUUGACCAUCGAUAACGGUGUAUUCGAAGUAGUAUCUACCAACGGAGACACCCACUUGGGUGGUGAAGAUUUCGAUCAACGUGUCAUGGAUCACUUCAUCAAAUUGUACAAGAAGAAGAAGGGCAAAGAUAUCCGUAAAGAUAACCGAGCUGUGCAGAAAUUACGUAGAGAAGUCGAAAAAGCAAAACGUGCGUUGUCUUCUAGUCACCAAGUUAGAGUAGAAAUCGAAAGUUUCUUCGAAGGAGAAGAUUUCUCAGAAACCCUUACCAGAGCUAAAUUCGAAGAAUUGAACAUGGAUUUAUUCAGAUCGACCUUGAAACCGGUACAAAAAGUAAUGGAAGAUGCUGAUAUGAACAAGAAAGACGUACACGAAAUCGUACUUGUCGGCGGUAGUACUCGUAUUCCUAAGGUUCAAUCACUAGUCAAAGAAUUCUUCAACGGUAAAGAACCUAGCCGAGGAAUCAAUCCUGAUGAAGCUGUUGCCUACGGUGCCGCCGUUCAAGCUGGUGUAUUAUCCGGCGAACAAGAUACCGACGCUAUUGUCUUAUUAGAUGUCAAUCCUCUUACCUUGGGUAUUGAAACUGUCGGUGGUGUAAUGACCAAAUUGAUUCCAAGAAAUACCGUUAUCCCAACCAAGAAGUCUCAAAUUUUCUCCACUGCUUCCGAUAAUCAACAUACUGUCACUAUUCAAGUAUUCGAAGGUGAACGACCAAUGACCAAAGAUAAUCACCCACUUGGCAAAUUCGACUUGACUGGUAUUCCACCUGCACCCAGAGGUGUUCCACAGAUUGAAGUUACCUUCGAAAUCGAUGCUAACGGUAUCUUACAGGUGUCCGCUGAAGAUAAAGGUACUGGUAACCGAGAAAAGAUUGUCAUCACGAACGACCAAAACCGAUUAACGCCCGACGAUAUCGAACGUAUGAUCAAGGACGCCGAAAAAUUCGCCGAUGACGACAAGAAAUUGAAAGAACGUGUAGAAUCGAGAAAUGAAUUAGAAUCUUACGCUUAUUCGUUGAAAAAUCAGAUCUCAGAUAAGGAUAAAUUGGGUGCUAAGUUAUCGGAAUCAGACAAAACUAAGUUAGAAGAAGCCAUCGACGAUAAAAUCAAAUGGUUAGAAUCGAACCAAGACGCCGACGGUGAAGCAUUCACGAAAAAGAAGAAAGAAUUAGAAGAAGUAGCCCAACCGAUUAUCGCCAAAUUGUACCAAAGCACCGGUGGUAUGCCUCCUCCACCUGCCGGAGGAGCUGGAGCCAGUGACGAAGAUGAAAGAGACGAAUUGUAAAUUCCUCGAUGGUCUCAAAUCACACCGUACUUUCCUUUUUUUGAAAUCGUUUUCCCCUCGAUUAUAUAUGUAUGUGUAAAACUUACGAGUAUAUAGAAAAGACUGUGUAUGUUAAAUGUAUAUAUAUGGUUUACCCCCCCCCCCCCCACCCUGCUUGAAACGAGGGAAUUUCUAAUCUUUUCAGGGGCUGUAUGUGAGAACAGUGCAUUUAAUGUAUCGUAUUGAGGCGUAAGUUCGAAAGGGAAUUAUUUAGAAUCGUUGUAUUUUUUUUUUUUACGUUUCCUUCCUUUCCUUUUUGUUAAUUUUUAAGGCUAUUUCGAAAUGUUGUGGUUUAACCGCCGCACUGCCUGCGUCACGCUGAGCGUUAAUUUAUUAGCGAGAUCGCGAAUGUAUCCUAAUAAUUGUGUAAAUGAUGUAUAUGUAAUUUUGAUUCGCGUCAUUGUACAUGUAAUUAAUUUUAGGUAACAUUUAAUUAUUGUUAUUUAUUUAUUUUCUUGAAUUUUUUUUUUUAAAUAAAAUUUUCUAAAAUCACGGUUAUUA